GAUGAUAUAAAUCAAUAUUCAGAUUCACAAAAAACUCAAGAAGAAGAAAUAAAGACAACUCCAUCUAUUCAACAUGAUAAGACCCAGGAUUCAAAUUCAUAUGACUUAACAACGGAUACCGAUAGGAUAACCGAAGUACCUCAAACACACUCUGAUCAACCUAAUUAUGUAAGCACUGACUCUACCUUAGAUAUUUCUCCUAAAGAAACUGGAACUUCUGAAAAUAUAGAGACAGUAACUAAACCAUCUUUAUUAGAUCAGGAUUCAUCAGAAAACACAAGUGAUGCCUUAGAGAAACAUACGACAUUGAGUACAAUUCAAUCUUCGACGAAAAUCGAUACAUUUACUGAUGCACCAGAAGAUAUUGUAACAAAUGACUUUGCUAUUUCAAACGAAGCUACAACUUUAGGACUAAAUAUAGACAUUAAAAAAGAGAAAACAGAAGUUACUGUUAAUGCAGAAGAAACAACAAAAGCAUUUGAAAGUACCAGCUCUGCAGAUACUGAAUUCAAACAUGAAACGGACACAGAAUCUACUGUGGCAUACAAUGAUUAUGAACCCACCAAAGAAAUAAUAGUUUCCGAAAUACCAGUAGUAUUAGAACAAAGUACACCUCCUUCAAUAGCUAACACAGGCAAUGUCGGAGAUACUCUAGCAACCGUGACUGUUAAACAGGACGAUGAAUUAAAAACAGAAUUCAUUAUGACUGAUAUACCCGCUACGUCUACAGAAAGUAGACCCACCCUCGAGACAUCUGUGUCAACAGAAAAACCUAAAUUAGAAUAUACAUUGGCAGAGGAAUUGACAGAAUCUGCUACAAGCAUACCUGUAACAGAUAUUCCGGAUGCCUCUACUGGUAGUCAUAAGCCUGUAAGCACUGUUUCAGAUUUAUCUCAAGAAAUGUAUCCUAGCACUACUAAGAAAAAUUAUGAGAUUUCUGAAGCGACUGAGAAAGUAACCUAUUCCAUCACCGAAGAAAUCGUUACCGAUAAAAUACUAGAUACACCUGAGUUAGAUGAUUCCCAAAAGGUAACUGACAUGUCUGGUGAAUUAAAUCCGACGACUUUAUCAUAUAAGAAUGAUGAAAAAGAAAAUACGGUAUCUAAUGAAGUUGAAUUCUCAAUUACGACUGAAAGUCAUGAUUUACGUGAUACGCCAGAAACGAUAUCAUCGACAACGUCCAGUAUGAUUGAAGUUGUAACAGACCAAAAAAUAGAAGCAAUUACAGAUAUUUCCCACGUAAAGGACAAAGAAACGGAAGCUCCAAUGUCACUUGUGACCGAUUCACACAGCAUGUCUACAUCACAUGAAACUACAACAGAAAGCGUACAAAAAGUAACAGUUAUAGAAUCAAACAUAAAUGUACAGACUGAAACGCAAAUUGAUCAUAAGACAUCCCCGGAUACUACAUUAUUAGAGGAACCAGUUACUACCCAACAAAGUGAGACGGUAGAUAAAGAAACAUCUUAUAAAUACACAACUGAAUAUAAAUAUCCCACACCAGCGACGCAGUCUUUCGGUAUUAUUACAACAACGGAAGGUGAACUAAGUACUAAAUUAAUUACAACAAACCCUCAAAGUCCCACAGAAACUCCAUUUUUAAUUAGCACUGAACAUGAAUUAGAAAAGGAAACUGCGGAAACAACACAAGAGAUAAAAGAUUCCUUCAUAUCUACAACCACUGAAAAACUUCAACAAGAAGAUGCAACUACACAAAAAAUGUAUGAAAUAUCUGAAACCGCAAAGGUAACUGAAUCAAGUACUGAAUUUGAUAAAGUAGGUACAGAAAAAGAAGAAGCACCUUCUACUGAUCAAUCCAUUCCGAUUAUAUCUGAGCAAGAGACACGUGACACUCCCACAGAUGAAAGUGUUACUGAAAGUUACGAAAUGAAGGACGUUACUUCCAUUAUACAAGAAACAACUAAAAAUCCUCAAUAUUUAACAACUCUUAUAGCGGACGAAAUUUCAAAGGAUGUCACUGAAGAAGUUUUACAUCACACGACGGAAUCAUCUUUAGAACUAUCUACACAACCUCAUAUUGAUAAGGAGCAAGCAACAAUUACGGUGGAAAUUGCAACAACAAUAAAACCUGAUCUUAUUCAUUCGACAUCUUCAUCAGAUAACGAACUAGCAGAAGUACCUGAAAUAUCAACUAAAACACCUGAGAGUAUUUUCGAUUCGUCUAGUACCGAGGACAAUGUUUCAGAUAGGCAUACAACAGAAAUAAAUAAUUUACCAACCAAUAACAUGUUACCCGAUGAUUUUAAGACAGAAAUGUACCAGGAAACACAAACAAAGGAACCUUCUGCCUCCGAAGAUGAAAAACCUACAGUUCCUGAAAAAGAAGUGCAUGUUGAUAAAUCAGACAACAGAGCUGAUUAUACUACUGAAUUAAACUUACUUGAAAAACAAACGGCCCCAGACGAAAAAUUUGUUACUAAAGUAUCCGAAGAAAGCACUAUUCUGGAUAAAAUAGAACCUAAACCCACAUUGUCGGAUACUAUGACAACCACCGUAGAAAAUAUACCAGAUGGUAAAGUAACAGAAUUGGAAACAACAACAGAAACUAAAUAUAAAUUCUCAGAAACUACUCCAUACUUUGUGGAAUUAGAAGAGCACACGCAUCAAAUUAUUGAAGAAACCACUGUUAUUCCUGUAGGUGAAGUUUCUACAGUUGAAACAACAGAUAUAAAAUCUACAGAACGAGGCGAUCAAUUGUUUACUGAAAUACCACAUGAAGAAUCCGAAACGGAGAAAUUAAACGAAGCAACAAGUGUUGAAUUCUUAGAAACACAAAGUACUACGUCACAGAGUAUCGAUAAAACUAAUGAACAAAAAUAUCCAACAACAGCCUCUGGUAGUCAAUUUGAUAUUACUACAAUUUCAGCGAUACUUUCCCAGAAGGAUACACCAAGUGAUGAAAAACCCGUUAAUUUAGAUGAAAAAACAACAAUUUCACCCGUCCCGAACAUAAUGCAAAAUGAAGAACGUAUUACCAUGAUUCCAGAAGAUGCAGAGAAGCCGACAUCCUACUUUGAUUCAAACAUACCGAUCACAACUGAAAAAUCUCAUGACUUAGCUGACAUUCCAGUUGAAACCAAGAUACCUGCUGAAGAUAGUAGAACAACCAAACUCCCAACAUCUGAAAUUGCUUACGAACCCACUACAGUUACUCCUGUAAUAACUUCUACUCCGGAUGAUGUUUACAAAUCCACUUCCUCCGUCACGACCAAACCAAUAACCUCAAAACCUAUAAUACCUAGUGACUUACAACCCACAGAAGACGUUCCAACACCUGAAUUCCCUCAGACUGGCUAUGAUCAGGAACCAGAUUAUGGAGAAGAAGAUCAAGCAUUCGGACCUGGCACCUGUCGUUAUGGAGGAAAAGUUUACGUUUCGGCUCAACAAAUACCUCGGGACGACCCAUGCGACUUUUGUUUCUGCUUUAGAAGUGACAUCAUUUGUUUACAACAAAGUUGCCCUCCCCCUAUUCAUGGAUGUCAUGAGGAACCAAUUCAAGGCUUCUGCUGUCCUCGCUAUGAGUGUCCCGUGUCCAUGGCGACCACUGUCAAUGUAACUACAACGACUACAACCACAACUACCACUCUUCCUCCACAUUUCCUACCUCAUGCAUAUAAGGGUACUGCGCAAAGAAAAGGCUGCCAUAUUCAAGGUCGUACGUACAAAGUUGGAGAAGUAGUGCGAGCAUCUUCAGGACCUUGCCUACAUUGCACAUGCGGAGGUGACGGUCAAAUGAAAUGUGAUCCAAAAGCAUGCACACCUGAACCGAUGCUGCGGCAAAUGAUAGCAGCCGCAGUGUCAGCUCGACGAAGGAGAUGAAAAAUUUAAUCCGAAAUAAAUUGCGUUAAAGGUCACGGAGAUUAGAUCAUCUUUGUGAUAAUAAAAUUUUCAUAUAAUCUUUGAUGCACAAGAAUAAUGCUCAAACUUCGCGAUGGAUUAGUUUAAGAUUUUGUGUCAUAUAUAUACAUAUAUAUUUAUAUUACUUUAAUUGAUUCUUUCUUUCAUGUAAAAGUGGCACUUGUUUAAAAUGGUGACUGUGAUUAAUGUACUAAAUACUGGACUCAUAUUUACUGAGCGAUUAAAAGGGUAUAUAUGACUUCAAUCAACAAAACUUAGUGCCAAACGAUAAAGCUAGUUGAUAUGAGACUAUGCCAAUUAUUAUACUUAAUCAAAAUUUUGUAUAUGUCAGCUGUAAGUAAAAUUGACCAAACGCAAACUUGCACGUUUAAGAACUUCAACAAUAAAUGCGUAAACGCGCAUUGUUUCUGCUUCUUAGGUCAUUUAAGAUCGCCGAAAUCUUGACCAUUUUGAUUGUAAACUAAAUUGAUUUACCGAUAUCACAUUAGUCAAUUCUUUAUUUUUACACGAUGAUGCAGUAGUGAUCUAGUAUCGUGUAAAUAUGAAGUAUCUUUAUUGUAUUUAAGAAAUUCUGAUGUUGUAAAUGCCUUAAUUUGUAAUAAUUUAUAUAUGUUAGGUGUAUAGUACUUAAGCCAUGUUUAAGACCAGUGAUUGUUUUAAUUUAGAAAUACAGGAGCAUAUCUCAAUUAAUUAGAAAAGUCUUGAUCGAUGCUUUUUGUUAACAGCCUCGGCCGAAACUUUUCCUCUUUUCACGUCUUACAGAAAGUGAAUUUAUUUAAUACCUUGCUUUCUUUAAUUCGUAAAGGCUCCCGUAUUUACUAGCACUUGUUAAGUAAAAGUGGCCAACAACUUUUGGAAAUCACUUUUUAAUAUACAUCGGUUUAUAAUAUCCUUAGAUUUUGAUACAAAAGUGCUGGUAGACUUUGAAAUAAUUUCGCAGUUUUAGGUAGAUACGAAAGUUGAAAGGCUGUUGAAAUCACUAAAUUCGAAUAAGAAUAUAAAAGUGGUUUCAUUAAUUCGUACCAACCUUUUUCUGUCACCGUAGGUUGUAGUUAUAUCUUAUUUAUUUAAAGUUAUCGCAAUAGUCGUACAUAUUUGUUUAAAAUAAUAUGCGGAUAUCUUACAAAAAGAAAAAAAAAACUAUAAAGCAGCAACCUGAAACAUCAUGUCAAUUAUGUACUAUGUUCUGUUUAUCACGAUUUACCGAGCGUAUAAGCUAGGACUUAGCUACCUUUACAUCUGUGCAAAUGAGUUUUAAAUAAAACAUUGAAAAUCA